AAUUAAAUAAUCAUAUAAUCUCACCACCAGAAGAACAAGAUGAUACCAAUGGCGAUUUCACAGUCACAAACCCUAAUCUUCACCUACGGCACUCUGAAGAGAGGUUUCCCCAACCAUUCUCUUCUCCAAGACCUAAUGCUUACAAAUGACGCCUCCUUCAUCGGCGUCUACCGCACCGUCCGCCGCCUCCCUCUCGUCCGCGGCCCUCACGGAGUUCCAUUCCUCCUUAAUCUCCCAGACGCCGACCACCACCUCAUCUGCGGCGAGCUCUACUCUGUUUCAGACCGUGGUCUUGAUCGGAUCGACGAGCUUGAAGGAAUUAGCAUCGGACACUACGAGAGACAUCAGAUAGAGAUCCGGCCGGAAAUCGAUCCCGCCGGAGAGGUUUUGGAGGCGGAAGCGUAUUUUGCUCAUCGGAGCUUUGAAACGGCGAUGUGGAAGAGGAAUGGGUCAGAAGGGUUGGAAGGAUAUACAGAGGAGGAAGCGAAGGGGUAUGUGAAAAGGAAUUUGAGGCCGAAAGAUAGGACCUUUUUGGAGGAUAUUCAAUUAUUCGUCUCCUCUUCAAUGAUUUCCGGCGAAUCCAGUUGAUUCAGUACGACAAGAUCUAUUUCUCUGUAAUUUUUCUUCUUUCGAUAUUGAUGUUGAACCUUGACAAAUUAAUCUGCAGAUAAAUCUAACUCAAAAAACCCAGAUUUAAUUGUCA